UUCCGGCAAUGUCCUGACUGCUUCUCCGUGCUCGUGAUCAGACACGUUUGACAAAGCAAGCAUGGCGGGUGACAAGGAUCCUCUGGACCGGUUGAUGGAUAUUGCAGCUCUGAAAGGUCAACUAGAGGACAUUCAGAAACGAGUGGAGAGUGAGGUGCAAGCUGGAGUCCCCCAGGGUGGCAGCGUGCUGGCCUCCCCCUUCCUCAAGGGGUUCCUGGCGGGGUACGUGGUGGCCAAGCUCCGUUUCACUGCCUUGACGGGGGUGAUAGUGGGCACCUGCACUGGCAUCUAUGCUGCCCAAAACUACCAGAUGCCCAAUGUGGAGAAAACCCUGAAAGAAUACUUUCAGUCGAAGAAAGGGUCCAAAUAAACCAGGAAUAGAGGAGAGUCCAUUUUACAGCUACAGGGAGGAAGCCUACCUCUCUAUACAACGUCAAAUCUGACUCUGGAAGAUGUUUCUACUUCUUUUUUGACCUAUUUGACUGUAAAGAGACUGGAAAAAAUACUUUGUUAUAUUUAAAUAGAGGAAUGUGGGCAUUUGGGACAAAGUGCAAAGAAAAAUUUGGUUCGUUAAAAGGGGCACACAAUAUUGGGGUCCAUUUUAUGGUUUGUGUGUUGGUGUAAAUGAGCAUGUGAUAAUGUUUUACCUGCAGAGAAUGCCAUUCAUGUUCCACGUGUUUGAUAACUGAGAGGAGACACGUCCGUGUUGUUUGCAGUCACCAUCUCUGGGAUGUUUCUUAGGGCUGCUUGUUUGCCUACCCAGCAUGGUUGCCUGUUAAAUCUUCAGUCUUCGACAGUCAAGAGAACGUGACCGUUUUCCCACUGUUAUAUGUGAGUGCAAUUUGUUGUUCUUUUGCUAUUUCUCUCUUGAAGUCUGGUGAGAGACUGAAAAGGAGACUGGUUUGAAGCUGAAUAUUUUUCUCUCUUUUCAAAUUUCUGCAGUAUGUAAACUUACCCUGGGCUUCUGUCCCCUGGCAGUGUAUUCAGACACUGUGAUGGCGGGCCAUUCCGACUGACCUCCCCUCCGUGAUUAAUAGGCCUCUCAGGGCUAAAAUAUAAAUGGAAACCCAGUCUCUCCUGUAAAACACCUUGAGCCCAGACAGAAAGGGGGGAGCCACAGCUUUUAACCUGAGCAGCUGUAGUAAUUCAUCAACAUCUGCAGCAACCUGUGCCCACCUGUGGGAAAGAUUCAGUCUAACCACAUAGUGCUUUGCCCUUAACUGUAACAAUUGUGGAGAAACAUCUACAGCAGUGCUACAUUUUUUUUUCGUAUUUUUUGUUUACGUUAGUGACCAGCAAACCCUGAAUGCUGUGUGAGUAUUCAGAAAAGAAAAACACACGUUCUUACAUGGCUAACUCAAAGUUAAGGACAGAGCACCUCAGUGGUUAUGUAGAGUUCCCUCCUUUCAGUUACUGUGGCCUCUCCUUGUCAGAAUGCCUCCCCACCAGCACCUGGUACGUGCUGCCUGGGGAGGGGUGGAGGUGGGGACUCUUCCUGGAGGAUCAGUCCAUGCAGUGGCUGAUUCUGGAUCACCUGACAGGCAGGCCUAGGGCCUUAGUAUGAAGAACCACUCCCUGCUUGUCCGAGGUAGUGCUAAAUGGGAUCAACCAGCUCAUCUGACACAGGAGGCAGGCUUUGCUUAUUGGAGAGACUGGCUUUGUGAUUAUUAUGGAGGGAAGGACAGCCAGUAGCCUGCUCAUGCCAGUGGUGACAUGGAGGAAUAGCUUUACUGAGCUCCUUACCUAUUCGGUAUCCCUGCUGUGCUGGCAAACGCCCUCUCCUGGACACUGAAAAAAUUGCAGCUCACACCUUUGCUGGCAGUCUGGUUCAACUCCUGCACUUCAGAACCACUCCUGCCUGGCUGUGUGUGGAGUAGAAAGUUCUGACUUGACCUUAAUGUUUUUACUUUUUUUCUACUGAGGUUAAAUGGCUGUUAAAAUGGGUCAUGCUUUGGAGUCCUCUGACCACCAUAUUUCACCAAGUGUUGUCUGGGACCAUGGGCUGUUCCAGAUAGCUCCUUAACAGGUGGUGCUACUAUUUUGAGACAUUUGUUUUAACUAAGCCAUAUGCACUUUGAGCACCACCUUACCUGACUGUUACACAGUUAGGACUCUGCAGACCUCUUUCUAUACUGUUGGGAACAGUUAAAUGUCCAUGGCUGAUAUAUUACUCCUUCAAAUUCACUGCCUUUUCCAGUUGCUUUAGUUCUUUUUUUUUCAUAGUAUUUGCUCAAUAUGCACCCUUGUUUAACUUGUUGGUAAAUUGUAUAGGCCUUUGUUUUCAUGCCAGCCUUUACUAAUAAGAUCUUUCCUACAGUGGCAUUUUACUGAAGUUAUGGAGAUGCAUUUACAUAUAAACAUUCUCCUUUUUUGCUAAUGAUCACAGAGGCUUGUUGAUCAAGCUAUUUACAUCUAAAAAGGUAUGGCUCAGAGCAAAAGUUUUCAUGUGUGGAAAUGAAAUUCAAAUUACACACCAAAUAAAUAUGU